AUGAACUAUUUUCGGUCAUGGUUAGACAAAGAAAGAUUUUAUCCCAACGGCAUGCUGACGAGGGAUUAUGCAGCUGGACUUACCGAAUUCAUGCACGUCGCUAUGAAUCAAGAACGCUGCUUGAGAAGUGGUAUGAUGUUUUGUCCCUGUCCUUGUUGUAACAAUACAAAAUUUAUCGAUAAGGAUUUAGUUUGGAGUCAUAUCUAUAGAGAUGGGAUAAUGUCAAGUUACAAAACAUGGUUUUAUCAUGGGGAAAAAGAUGCAUUCGAUGUGGGUAGUUCUAGUGGAAAUGCAGCAGAGAGGGUAGAAGAAUAUAUGAUUAGAGAAGAAGAGGUAGGUACAACUCAAAUGGUUCAUGAUGCUUAUAGAGAAAAUAUGAAUGCCUAUUCAAAACUUGAGAAUGCCGUAGAAGAACCAAAUGUAGAAGCUAAAAAGUUUUGUGAUAUGCUAGAUAGUUCGAAGAGUAAAUUAUAUGAAGGUUGUAAGGAAGGUCAUUUUCCUUUAUUUGCUGCAACAAGAAUGAUGAAUAUAAAGACAGAUUACAAUUUACCUGAAGAUUGUGUAGAUGCUUGGGCAGAUUUCAUAAAAGAAAUCUUGCCCGAAGAUAACAUCUCACCAGCUUCUUAUACUGAAUUUGAAAAGCUUGUUGCUGGUCUCGGUUUGCCAUAUCAAAUGAUCGAUGUUUGCAUCGACAACUGUAUGAUUUACUGGCAAUCAGACGCAAACUACAUAGCUUGUCGAUUUUGUGGGAAGCCGCGGUUUCAAAAUACUGGUGGAAGGUCUCGAGUGCCAUUUAAGCGUAUGUGGUAUUUACCAAUAGCAGAUCGGUUGAAGCGACUAUAUCAACAACCCCGCACAGCUGGAGCUAUGAGAUGGCACCACGAGCAUUCAAACCCUGAAGGUCAGAUUGCCCAUCCCUCCUAA